CUACAAGAAACGCGAACAAACCAAAAGCUGGGUUGAUAGCAUCAAUCAACCACCCCCCCAAAAAACUAACUUGGUUUUUUUUUAUUUUCUCUACGAAGCAUAUUUUAGUAAACAAUGCGAUCGGACCGGUCAUAGCCUGGUAUAUAUCCUCCUCGCGACCUAGGGCUGCGGGUUAAGCUCGUUUUUCGAUGCCAACUUGGCAACCGAAUUCCUGACUUGGCCAACGGUUCUUUUCUCCAUCAACGAAUUUCCAUCUCCAUCUCUCCAAUCCCGUAUUACGGUUUACUUUAACCUGCGAAACGUUUCGUCUUUUCUUUUUUUUCAACUUCGCCAGCUUCAUCCUCGGAAAUGGCGCACGGCUAUAAUGGAAACGAGGCGCCUUCGCCUAGAUCUUUUGCGAUUCAGCAUCAACGGCCCAGGGAUAGUUUCGUCGGUUGCUCUAGGAUCAGCGACUACGAGCUCCUGGGCAAAUUAGGAGAGGGUACUUUUGGUGAGGUUCAUAAAGCGAGAUCACGAAAGAGCGGAGCCCUGGUUGCUUUGAAGAAGAUUAUAAUGCACAACGAGAAGGACGGGUUCCCUAUCACGGCGCUCCGAGAAAUCAAGCUUCUGAAGCUAUUGUCGCACAAGAAUGUCUUGCGCCUGGAGGAUAUGGCUGUCGAACACCAUAGCAAGAUGACCGAUAAGAGAAAACGACCGAUCAUGUAUAUGGUAACGCCAUACAUGGAUCACGAUUUAUCUGGCCUGCUCGACAACCCAUCCGUCCAAUUUACGGUACCGCAAAUCAAAUGCUACCUCCUUCAGCUCCUCGAGGGUUUACGUUACCUACACGACAGCAAGAUUCUCCACCGAGAUAUGAAAGCUGCCAACCUACUCAUCAGCAACAAGGGCAUACUUCAGAUUGCCGACUUUGGUCUUGCGCGACAUUACGAAGGACCAGUCCCGGAACGAGGAAAAGGUGGCGGUGAAGGUCGGAGAGAGUACACUAGCCUUGUAGUCACCCGAUGGUACCGACCUCCUGAACUCUUGCUACACCUUAAAAAGUACACCACUGCUAUUGACAUGUGGGGUGUUGGUUGUGUCUUCGGUGAGAUGUUAGUCGGCAAGCCUAUUUUAGCUGGAGAGAGCGAUGGGCAUCAGCUCGAGAUUAUCUUUGAUUUAGUUGGCACCCCGACAGAGCAGACUAUGCCAGGAUGGAAGCAGUUACCCGGCGCCGAGGCCCUUAACCCUCGACCACGGCCUGGCUCACUAUCACAACGGUUCCGCGAAUACGGCACAACCGCCAUCUCUCUGCUGAAAGAGCUCCUAACGCUUGAUUGGCGCAGUCGUAUCAACGCUAUCGAUGCGUUAGAACACCCUUACUUCAAGACUUCUCCCUUCCCAGCAAAGCCAGAGGAUCUCCCUACAUUUGAGGACAGCCACGAAUUGGACCGUAGGAAAUUCCAUGAUCGAAAAGCUGCUCUACCACCCGCCCCUAAGGGAGGGACCGUCGGUGUUGGCGCGUUUGGAGGUCAUAAUGCAGAAUUCAGUAGUGGUGAUGGAUAUGGUAAUAGACGAUACCCUAAGCAUCAUGGUGGAUAUCGAGGCGGCGAAGAAGGCCGACGACCUGCUUGGGCGCGGGACCAGCCUCAUAUGGAUCAUCGAUUGCCGCCGCGUCCUCCUCCACCUGAAUAUCCAGGAAACGGAUGGGAUAACCCGGCCGAGCAUCAUGACUCGUUUAGGGAUAGGGCACCGAGAAGCCGCGGGGCUAAUCGACCCGACGUUGACACCUACAUCCCGAAUUAUCGCGACGGCGACCGACCCCCUAGAGAAGAUCGGCCACCGAGAGAUGAUCGUCGAAGAUGGGAGGAUCGAGAUGGUAGACGACGUGACUGGGAUCGCCGCGACGGAGAUUACGACGAUCGUAGCCGUGCAAGCCAGACACACAGCCGCAGCCGUUCGCCUGUUAGGGACAGAGACAGAGACGUAUAUCGGCGAUAGAAUCGCAAUAAGCCUCAGUCAAGGAGAAGGCAAUAUAUUCCAUUCCCACCACCACCACCCCCUCCUCCUCCGCCGGCCUCUUUCUUCAACCGGCGAAGAUUUUCUAGGACUACGAACUAUUUCUAUCCCCCCUAAUUUUUGGUAACUUAACUUAUUCCAUCAGCGGGUUUGUGAACAAGGUAUGCGGUAAACCCAACGGAAAGGCCGUGGCACAUAGUGUUUUUUUUUCCCUCUUUUGGCGUUCCGCGUUAUGUAUGAAGGGAUAUGAACCCGGGUUGCGCGAGAACAUGUUGUUAUGUUGGGCUUCAUAGCAUAGAAUCUGAUAACAAGGCGAAGGAUUAAGUUGAAUUCUCCCCACAGUGGUCGUACGAGCACGAGUCAACUGGGAGUUUAUAUGCUGGAGGGUUUCCCCAAGAAUGCUACGAGUUGCCGAAUAAGAUUCAGAAUCAGAAUCAGAAUUAACAAGUGGUAACUAUCAUAACAAGACGGAAGAUUUCUAUCUACGGAGCUCAUCUUAUUCUAGGUAUGGCUCUGAUAGCUAGUUGCAGUUAGGAGGAGUUAAUAGAGCAAAAUAAUACAUGACUGUGUAAA